AUGCCCGCAACAACAACAGUGACUCUGCAGCGAGCACGACGGGGCAGAUACCGGCCGGUCGGCCAUGCGCUCAGAAACAACCUCCUCGCGGGCGUGGGAUACCUCGAGCUCGCCAACGCCGGCGACUUCGCAGCGAACGUCUGGAACGAGAUCCCCGUCCCUCGCCAUGCGAUGAUACUCAUGGCCAUAGGCGGUCCCAUCGCCCUCCUUGUGUCCCUCGUCGCUGCUCGAGAUUUCUAUCUAAGCUGGCGGAACGUCUCGCUUCUAUACGCCGAACGCAAAGCCCUUCAAGCGAUGCCCUAUCGCAACGACAAGACAGCAGCGAUUCUAGGAGUCAACGCCCGCGAGCUCGGGACUGAGGUCAUUGACCGCAUGCUCAUGGACCUGUUUCUCGGAUUCGGUGCGCUGCUCGUGGGAACGGGCACGAUCAUGGCGAUCUUCGGGGCGAACCACCGUGUCUUCCUGGCCAGUAACCUCCUCUCGGGAUUCAUCGGCAACGGAUGCGCGGCGUUGUUCGGCGUGUUCAACGCCUUCUGGUCAGCGUACCUAGUCUACCGCUUCCAACUCCGCUACGCUGCGUGUGAGCGUGACUCGAACGUGGGGAGUGUUCAAACGAAACUACGCCAUCGAGUCCGACGCUUCCAGUGGCAUGCGGGCGUCAACGGGGUCAACGGGCUGGUGUCUGGGAUGGCGUCCAUGGUCACCGCGAGAAUGUGGUGGGGGUACGUCGUGCUGAUCCCGUGCGUCAUCGUCAUGAUCGCGAGCAAUCUCUUCUGGAAGUGGAAGCUGGGUUAUGAUCGGCCGAUUCUCCUCGCUCCUCUUAAUGAAGUGCAGACGAAAGAGAAGACGGGUGUCGAGGACGAGAGCGCAGUCGAUAUUCUGGACUUGUUGGCAGCUGUCAAAGAGGCACGGAGUGAGCUCCAAGGCCUCGGUGACGAUUGUCCAUUCGAGACGAAACUCGCGUUCAUCAGCGAGAAUCAGAUGCUGGAAGCGUUUUGCAUAAGACUGGCCCGGAGAUGGCCAGUCCAUCACCUGUUUGCUGCGACCGAGGUGGUUACUGUCAGUUUGGAAGACUUGAAGCAUCUAUUAGACGAGGACGCGAAGAUGAAGCAGGAGACUCAAGGGUUCCUGCGUAAGGAGGCGAUGGCUUUGUUGGAACAUCGGGAGCGAUAUCUACUUGAGCUGAUUGGAGAGGUUGUCCGGAAGGGUGGUAUGCAUGUUUAA